AUGUGGUUUAAAAUAUUAUUUCUUUCGAUUUUUGUGAUUGGCUGUAUGGUAAGUUCUGCCAUCGACCUAGGGGGAGUAAUUUCUGGCAACAGAAUGGCAGGCGUGCCACUGGGCAGGUCGCUUGGUAACGGUGAAGUAGACGUAGAGGGUAUAUGCAGGGAGUCGGGCAUGGCAUGCCAGAACUGCACCCAUGCCAUCACGUGUGUGGCUCUCCCAGUGGGAUGGCUUAAGGUGCCUCUACAACAAUGCCCUGGUGACCAGACUUGUAACGCUCAUUUAAAGAAGUGUAGCUCUGAAGCUGUGCCUGAAUGUGAUGUGGUCACCCAGAAGUACCAGCACAUCUGUGAGCAGGUGGGCAUAUUCCCUGACGCAUUCGACUGCAGGAAAUUCCACCUCUGCUCGCCACCAGAAGGUCUCCCUGAUGGUAGAGCAGCAGACCACAGAGUCGCCUUGUGUCCCAGACAUUAUGGCUACGACCCAAAAACUGCACAAUGCUCGAUUCUUCUCCCCAACGGCCAAUGCACCAGCAGACCCAUUCCACCUUGUUCUAAAGUCGGCCAAGCGGGAUCUCUAUCAACUAGUCCUAACCACUAUUACGUCUGUCUUUCAAAACAAGGGGCGCUAACCCCUCAAAUUUUUAUCUGUCCACACGGCUGGGUCUUUAACGAUGGCUUCUGUCGGCCAAAACCCGAAAUUGACGAGAAAAUGGUAAAAUUUGACGAAAUGAUCAAAGACAUUGAAACAACAACAGUCGCUGUUGAUACAACAACACAAAAACCAACAAUGAGUAGGAUAGAAGCGUUCUUCUCAACAGAUAAACCGGUCACGUAUGCAGCGGAUACAUUCUUAGCUGAUAAAUUCGAUCUAUCCAAUUACGAAACAAUUGAUGAAACGCCCAGUGCGAAUGAUUUUCCCAAUUCGUUUGAAUCUGAUAGUGAUUUUUGGUAA